AUUUCAAAGCCUUCUUCGAGAGUGUAUUUUCGUGCCCUUUUUUCACCAAAAUGGACUUCUCGUGGAGAUGAGUCACAUAUUGAGCUCACGGCAAAUGUUUCAUAUUUCGCAUUAUAUAAGAUCAUUCUUUAUAUAUACACUGGCAUUAUAGAUCUAAGGGAUGUUGACAUGGGAACUAUCCUCGAAAUUUUAACCGAAGUUGUUACUGCUAGUAUGCUUGCGGUUGUUACUGCUGGUAUGCUUGUGGUUAUUACUGCUGAUAUGCUUGCGGUUAUUACAGCUGGCAUGCUUGCAGUUGUUGCUGAUGGUGUGCUUGCAGUUUUUGCUGCUGUUGUUCUUAUAGUUGUUGCCGCUGUUGUUCUUGUGGUUGUUGCUG